CCCACAGGUCGAAAGCUCGAAAGUCUUGUCUUGUCCUCCCUGUCCAUGGAUGAAAAAUAAAAAUAUUCCAUGCGAAAAAGGUGAAAUUCAGUGCAAAAUCUGGUUCAGUAGUGACUGAAUUAUCCUGGCGAGAAAUCGUGAAGCAAAAAGAUUUUUUUCGGCACCGGAUUAGCACCGUAGCUCAAACGUUUCGCAAUUUCUAGGGCAGUGGAAGAUUUUUCUUUGCCGUGAUCCAAUAUGCGAAACAUCGGUUCAAAUCAGUGCAACGACGACGGGCGGAAGUCGUAAUCCGAAACUGUCAGGGAUUACUGUUACCGAGGCUGAUCGGAACUGGACGUUGGGAGUAUAAUUACCAAGUUUGGGAGGAGCGAGGCAGCAGGUUCGACGGAAAAUGGAACCGGAAAACUCCAGCAAGUAUCAAAAGUUGGCUGCUGAAUAUUCAAAGCUACGAGCAAAGGCCAGCGUUUUAAGGCAAGCUGUAAUCGAUGAACAGAACAAGAGUUCGGCUUUACGCGAAUCACUCAAGGAAAGGGAAGCAAACCUACGCAAAUCGGUCCAAGAGGUGGACAGUUUGGGCUUUCGAAACAAGCAACUGGAACGAAAGGUGGCAUCCCUCCAACAGGACCUGGAAGAGUUGAAAAAGGUCAACACCAAAGGGCAAAAGUCCAAGAACGUCAGCAUCAACGAUUCGAUCACAUGCCCUGCAGACGCGCAUGUGAUAAAGGAGGAUCUGGCGAAAAAGAUCAUGGAGAACUCGCAACUGAUGAUGCAAAUAGAUGAUCGGAAUGCCGAGAUCAAGCAGUGUCAGGUGCGGAUGGACGGUCUAAAUAGGGAACUACAGCAGCAGGCUGCGGUGGAACAAAAACUGAGGAAGGAAAUGGAAGCGCUUGCAUUGCGCAACACCGAAUUGGAGGCGAAGAUUUCCGAGGCUGCCAGCACGAUUGGAAGCGAAGACGGACUGAGCGUGACGGCCGACAUGGAGAACCACUACAAUAGCAAUAGCAAUCACUUCAGUAGCACUUCGAGUCAAGCGGCCGGAAGUGGAGCGAACGGCAACGGGCAUCACAACAAUCACGGUGCAUCCGCUGGUGGCGGUGGAAACUGUGAUGAUAGAAUAGUAUUCCUCGAGAAAGAACUGAGCCACUGGCGGGCGCAGUACGAGCUACUCAAAAUCGAAAGCACUAGUCAGUGGGGGACGUCGGUGGUGGAGGAGGCGCGGCAUAUCUCGUCCAAGAAGGAGCUGGAAUUUCCACAGGAAGGGGCGGAAAAGAACUCGGAGGACAAUCAGAUUCAGAGCGAACAACAGCUGCGGGAGAAAAAGUUAACGGACUGUUUUACCAAGAGCAUAGGAAAUCUGUUCCAUGACAAGUGCCGAGCGGAAUCCAAACUGGCGUCACAUUUACUAGAGUCUCAAAGACUACAAUCUCAUUUGGAUAUUAUGAAGAACCGACUGAAAGAAGGCGAAGAAACCAUUCACCACAAGGAGCACCGAUACCACAUAAUCGAAGAUGAACUCGCCCGCACCCGCCUCAACUACGAAGAACAAAUAAGCGUCCUCACCGAACAGGUGGUAAGCCUAAGCGAGCAGUUAGCUAGCUGCAAAUGAGGAGAGCUAUAGGAAGCUGCUCCGCCUAAACCCUACUCAACCGUUCGUACCAGCCCCCUAAACGAUGGGUGGUCUUCAUCUAUAUUACCCCGUGAGAAAUAGUAAACGAUAACCUACUAUGCAUAUAAAUGGAUACCAUUUUGAUCUGGAAGAUCAAAUCAAACAUAGAAUGUGGAACAUGUUUUUGAGCGCGCGAAAUGGAUGCGAAAAAAAUGUAACGAGAAUAAGAAUGUGAGCGUCGAAAUUGUUUGCAAAUUGAGGCGAAUUCAAAGCGAGUAGCAUUCCUACAAGCACCAGCGGUAUGACCGAAGCAACAGUAACUGUUUGAAUAGAGUAUUAAAACUUUUUUUUUCUAAGCUGUGUGUACGUCAAAGAUCAAUAGUUAUUAUAUCAAGACAAUUUGUGAAUGAAAUUAUUGAAUGACGAAUAGAAAUAAAUUGUGCAGAUUAUUGUGUUACUAAAAA